CACUUUCAAACCUUGUACUUUUUAAAAGUCAAUUUGUAGUCAGUCGAGACGUUUCUUCGAUGUUUCAACGUUUUCAAGAUGGAACAAAUUAUUUCGGCGAUGACCCUGACAUAUUUCAAGCGCGUUUCUGUAUUGUUAUUAAAGAUGUUGCGGUAGUUGAUAGGGAAGGAAUCAUUGAAGAAUUUCAUUUAAAAUUUGCAAGGAUUGUUGACAGGGAGGAGGAAGAUAAUUUCAUAACAAAACUAUAUCGCAACAAGAUGUCGAUAGUUGCUUGGCCAAUAUUUACUGAUUCAUCAUUUUAUACUUCACUUAAACAAUUUAAAAUUAAGCUGGGUGAACAAGAAUCUCAAUAUAAAAAUGCAAGAAUGUUUUUAGAAAAAACAAAG